AGCGGGGAGGCAACCGAGGCUGGAGAAGAGGACACAGGGCAGCUUGUUCCAGCCCAGGAGACAGAGGGCGCCUCUGUCCACUCCUGGCCCCUUGCCCCACUGGGUGUCUGUCUGUGAAGGGGUGGAGCCAGUGGGGAGGGGGGUCAGCGGGGGAAGGACGACUGAAGACAGGUCUCCACACACAGCUCUGGGAGCCACAUUUGCAGCCUCGUCUGUCUGUCCAGAACCUGCUCCCACCUCAGGCCCAGGCUGACAGGGGGUGCAUAGGUGAGCUUCGCAAUGGGUUCUGAGCUGGAGACAGCGAUGGAGACCCUCAUCAACGUGUUCCAUACCCACUCGGGCAAGGAAGGGGACAAGUACAAGCUGAGCAAGAAGGAACUGAAAGAGCUGCUGCAGACGGAGCUCUCCGGCUUCCUGGAUGCCCAGAAGGAUGCGGAUGCUGUGGACAAGGUGAUGAAGGAGCUGGACGAGAACGGAGAUGGGGAGGUCGACUUCCAGGAGUACGUGGUGCUGGUGGCUGCCCUCACAGUGGCCUGUAACAACUUCUUCUGGGAGAACAGCUGAGCAGACAGCCCCAGUAGGCAGCGCCCUUCCCCUCUACCCUGCCACACCUGCCCCUAUACUCUGCUUCCCCCUCACCCCCCUUUCCCCUCCGCACAGUCCCACCCGUGCCUACCCUCCAACAAGGGCGCAAGAGUAGUGGGCCAGGCCUGCAACUCGUCUUUCAUUAAAGGCUCCUCUCUCGCCA